ACAAUAAGCAAAAAGGAACAAUUCAAGUCAAAAAAUUUCAUCUGGUUAUACUCAAACCUCUUCUAUACAUGGUGGUUAUUCUGGACUUACUGCUUUAUCAACAGCUCACAUACCAAAGCCAUUUCUUUCAACUACUACCUCUUCUACAUGUGAUGAUUUUUCUAUACGCAAACCAACAUUAAACAGUCAGACUACUACUAGUAUGUUAGAAAGCUCAUUCACAAAUAUUUCCACCAAUUCACCUGCUGUUAUUUCUCAAUCUUAUGUUAAUUACAAUAGAAGAGAUUCUGCUUGUGCUCGGGACGAGUUAAUUAGCUCAAAAAAUCUCGAAGAUAAUGGAUUUCAACAUAUAGUAUUACGGAGGUUGGCCCAAAUAACCUUGCAAAUGAGUGAAAUAUCCAAAAAGUUAGAUGCAGUUAGUGGCACCAGAAUGAAAGAUGUUGAAGGAGAGAUAAUAAUACAAUUUGAUGAUAUAGACGCUUUAUAUGAGUUCGAUCGAAAACUUGGAGCUGACAAAAGGGUUUUUAAAAAGUUUGUUAAUCAGCUAUCUUCCAUUGGCGGUAACAAUGGUAAAAAAAGUGUUGCAAACAUGAUAAACAGGUUGAUGACAAACAGACUUCAAUCGAAGUUCAAUUUGGUUGGUUCCAAGGGAAAGGUUACUGUGAAGUUACCUAUGGAAAAGUUAAAUGUUUACAAAGCAAUAAUUGGUAGCUAUAAUGUUGAUCUCUAUAUUUUUAUAUAUUUAUAUUUCUUUUUAAAGGCUGCCUGUUGAAAAUAAAUGAAUUUA